UUUAUUUUGCAAAGCAAUAGCGGAAGCAGUGUUUUUUUUCUUCCGCUAGCUUGACAUCGUUUCUGAUCUGACUUGCUUCUGAUACAUGUUUUGUUAGCUAAUCUGGCUAGGAGAUGACGACUGGUUUAACCUAUUUUCACAUGAAUUUAUGCGCAUAAAACGGUUCAAACGCCACUCCUAAUUAGAGGGGAGGAUGGCGCAUCGACUUACCCCACCUCAGCUGCCCCAGAGGACAGAGGACCUGGAAACUAACAAUGAUUCCGACAGGGACUCUGGCGUUGGGGAUGACGCAGGGGAGGAUGCUGACAGUUGCCCUGGGAGCACAGUAACAGAAGACGAGGAAGUCAACAUGCAAGAUGGCACAGAAGAAAACAAUGGGCAGGGAGAAGAUUUUACAGUUUUUGUUGCCUUCCAAGGGAAUAUGGAGGACGAGGAUUUCUCAGAAAAACUUGACACUGUCCUCAGUGGGAUACCAAACAUGCUUGAUAUGGACUCUGAGAGGCUACAGCUGCAGCACGUGGAGCCGUGGAACAGUGUGCGAGUUACCUUCAACAUUCCUCGGGAUGCUGCUGAGCGACUUAGACUGUUGGCCCAAAACAACCAACAGCAGCUUAGAGACCUGGGGAUUCUCUCUGUGCAGAUAGAAGGGGAAGGGGCCAUCAAUGUGGCUUUGGGACCAAAUAGAGGACAAGAAGUCAGAGUGAAUGGACCAAUUGGAGCACCUGGCCAGAUGAGAAUGGAUAUCAGUUUUCCCGGUCAACCUGGUUCAGGAGCAGUAAGGAUGGCUAAUCCAUCAAUGGUUUCCCCUGGGCCUGGCAUGGCGGGUCAGGCUAUGGUACCAAGCAGCAGUGGACAGAUGCAUCCUCGUGUUCCGAGGCCAUCUUCACAGACAGGUUCAGAUGUGAUGGAUCCAAUGAUGCCAGGUAUGUCUGUACAGCAGCAACAGCAACUUCAGCACCAACAGCCUGGUCCCCAUGGCGCAGGCCCAAUGCCCCCUCAGGCUGCCCAUCACAUGCAGGCGAUGCAAGCCGGAAGACCACUCAACCCUGCUGCGCUGCAGCAGCUGCAGCAACAACAUCACCAACAACAUCAGGCACAGCAGCAAGCUCAGCUCUCCCAGCUUGGCCCUAGACCCCCAUUCAACCCAUCAGGCUGGAACCAGCUGCCCCCUGGGGUGCUCCAGCCACCAACCGCCCAAGGAGGCCCCUCCUGGAGAAAGCCUCCACCCCAAGCACAGAUGGUUCAACGUCCACCUUCCCUGGCUACAGUUCAGACUCCCAGCCACCCUCCGCCCCCUUACCCAUUUGGCAGCCAGCAGGCCGGGCAGGUAUUCAACACUAUGGGACAGGGACAAUUGCAGCAGCAACAGCAGACAGGAGUAGGUCAGUUUGCUGCUCCCCAGCCUAAAGGCCCACAAGUUGGCCCUGGUGGUGUUGCAGGACCGCCCAGACCCCCUCCACCCCUUCCACCAUCGUCUGGAACACAGGGCAACCUCACUGCCAAGUCCCCUGGUUCCUCCUCAUCUCCUUUUCAGCAGGGUUCACCAGGGACUCCUCCCAUGAUGGCUCAGAGACCUACAACUCCACAAGGCUUUCCCCAGGGUGUUGGAUCACCAGGAAGAGCAGCCCUCGGCCAACAGGGUAACAUGCAACAAGGAAUCAUGGGAAUGCCGCAGCAUGGACAGCCUGGGGCCCAAGUUCAUCCAGGCAUGUCAAAGCGUCCCAUGGGCUUUGCAACCCCAAACUUCGUCCAAGGUCAGGUGAGUGCCAGCGCUCCAGGAACCCCUGGUGGAGGACCCAGUCAGCAGCUGCAGAGCAGUCAAGCAAUGACUCACGCAGGAGCUCAGGCAUCAGCCUCCACACCCAAUUCAAUGCAGGGUCCACCUCAUGCCCAACCCAACAUAAUGGGUGUACAAAGUAAUAUGGCAGGUCCGCCCCCUGGUACAACUGCUGGACCUAGUAUGGGGCAACAACAGCCUGGCCUUCAGACCCAGAUGAUGGGCCUCCAGCAUCAGGCCCAGCCCGUGUCCUCCUCCCCCAGCCAGAAGGUUCAAGGCCAAGGUGGAGGUCAGACUGUCCUCUCAAGGCCCCUCAGUCAAGGGCAGAGAGGUGGGAUGACCCCACCCAAGCAGAUGAUGCCUCAGCAGGGCCAGGGGGUGAUGCAUGGGCAGGGUCAGAUGGUUGGAGGCCAAGGGCAUCAGGCUAUGCUCUUACAGCAGCAGCAGCAACAGCAGCAGCAACAGCAGCAGCAGCAGCAACAAAACCCCAUGAUGGAACAAAUGGUUGCCAACCAGAUACAAGGCAACAAGCAGGCUUUUGGAGGCAAGAUUCCAGCUGGGGUAAUGCCGGGCCAGAUGAUGCGUGGCCCUUCUCCGAAUGUUCCAGGUAACAUGGCUCAGUUCCAGGGCCAGGUUGGUCCACAGCAGAUGACUCCACAACAGCAACAGCAGAUGGCUCAACUUCAACAACAGCAGUUACAACAACAGCAACAGCAUCAGUUUCAGCAGUUACAACAGCAGCAACAACAACAGCACCAGCAAAUGAACCAGCAGCAACCCCAGCAGGUUCCUAUUGCUGGCAAUCCUAAUCAAGCUAUGGGCAUGCAUGGGCAACAGAUGAGGCUCCCUGCUGGCCAUCCUCUUAUCCAACAACAGUUGCAACAGCAGCAGCAGUUACAGCAGCAGCAGAAACAACAGCAGCAGGCCAUGUUACAACAACAGCAACAGCAGCAGCAGCAACAACAACAACAACAACAACAACAGACAGUUCAACAACACCCACAUACUAUGGGAGAUCCUAAUAGUGGGACAGGGGACUUGGGGGUCCAGCAGAUGGUCCCUGAUAUGCAGGCACAGCAGCAGCAAGGCAUGAUCGGGGGCCCUCAGCACAUGCAGAUGGGAAAUGGCCACUUUGCAGGUCAUGGCAUGAACUUUAACUCACAGUUCCCAGGUCAGAUGCCAAUGGGAGGACCCUGUGGACAACCUGGAGGCUUUCCUGUCAGCAAGGAUGUAACACUGACUAGCCCACUGCUUGUCAACCUGCUGCAGAGUGAUAUCUCUGCCAGCCAGUUUGGGCCAGGAGGAAAACAGGGAGCAGGAGGAGGCAAUCAGGCCAAACCCAAAAAGAAGAAACCCCCACGAAAGAAGAAGCCUAAAGAGGGAGAAGGACAACAAGUAGAGGGACUAGGUGGUCUUGAUGUUGCUGCUGGCAUGGAGGAUUCCGAAAUGUCAAAUCUGGGUGGUGAACAGAGUUUGGGUUUAGACAGCUCUGUCCCAAAACUCCCUGAUUUUGCCAAUAGGCCUGCAGGCUUUCCUGGCCAACCUGUAGACCAGAGAGUAUUGCAGCAGGUACCCAUGCAGUUUAUGCAGCAACAACAACAGCAGCAGCAACAGCAGCAGCAGCAACAACAACAACAGCAGCAGCAGCAACAACAACAACAACAACAACAGCAACAACAACAACAAAAAAUCCAGCACAUGCAACAGCAGCAGAUACAGCAACAACAAAUACAACAGCAGCAACAAAUGCAACAACAAAUGCAACAUCAUCAAAUACAACAACAACAGCAGCAAUUACAACAGCAGCAACAGCAGAUGCAGCAACAGCAGCAGAUGCAACAGAUGCAGCAGAUGCAGGGUCUCCAGAAUGCUCAAGGACAGCAGGGGAUGACAGCGCCACAGACUUCAGGUCAAGGCCAGCCCCCAGUUCACCCUCAUCAGUUGCAACAACAACAACAGCAGCAGCAAAAUCAACAGCCGCACUUGCAACAGCAGCAGCAGCAACAACAACAACAACAACAGAUGAUGAUGAUGCUUAAGAUGCAGCAGGAGCAGGCAAAGAAUCGCAUGUCCAUCCCUCCUGGAGGGCAGCUUCCUCCUCGGGGCAUGGGCAACCCACCUGAGGUGCAGAGGCUUCCUGUCUCGCAGCAAGGCAACAUGCCUGUAAUGAUCAGCCUUCAAGGACAUGGUGGGGUACCGCCGUCACCUGACAAGGCCAGAGGGAUGCCCCUGAUGGUAAACCCACAGCUUGCAGGCGGAGCACGAAGAAUGUCCCAUCCUGAUGUAGGGCAGGGUCCCCAAAGCACUGGAUCUGAAGAGUCCACUGCGGGAGCCCACACAAAGCAGGACAGGCCUUCUGGCACAGAAAUCGGGGUACAACCUGGAAAUGGGAACCAGCAGAUGAUGUCCAGUCAGGGCUCCAACAAUCACAUGAUGAAGCAAGGCCCUGGUCCAUCACCAAUGCCUCAGCACACUGGAGCCAGUCCCCAGCAACAAUUACCCACACAACCUCAACAAGGAGGCCCCAUACCUGGCCUUCAUUUCCCCAGUGUACCUACAACCUCACAGAGCUCCAGGCCCAAAACCCCCAACAGAGCCAGCCCCAGACCGUAUCACCAUCCCCUCACCCCCACUAAUCGUCCACCCAGUACUGAGCCCUCUGAAAUCAACCUUUCACCUGAGAGGCUAAAUGCCUCUAUUGCAGGGCUGUUUCCUCCCAAAAUCAACAUUCCUCUCCCUCCCAGGCAGCCUAACCUAAACAGGGGAUUUGACCAGCAAGGUCUUAAUCCAACAACUCUGAAAGCCAUUGGACAGGCCCCUCCUAGCCUAAAUCUACCAGGCAACAGCAACAAUGGUGGUGCAGGAGGAAAUAACACUACCAACAAUCAACAGUCUUUCCCUACGGGCACUGGAGGAGGAAAUGCAGGUGUGAAACAAGACAAGCAGCCUGCAGGGCAGAGUAAGAGGGCAAGUCCAAGUAAUAGUCGGAGGUCGAGUCCAGCUUCAAGCCGCAAGUCAGCCACUCCAAGUCCUGGGAGACAAAAGGGGACAAAGAUGGCCAUCGCCUGCCCUCUCCCUCAACAGCAGUUGGUCAACCCUCAGGGGCAAACCAUGAUGCUCAGCCCUACCUCAGUACCCCCAAGUCCAGUAUCAAUGCCUUCACAAGUGAGUGGGGGCAUGGAGGUGCAGCAGACUCCGAGCUCAUUCCAUGGGAUACAUGGUAACCCUGUUGAGGGAGUCAGGGAAACUCAGGGAGUGAUGGCAGCAGAUCAACGACAGAUGUCUCAGCCACAGCCUCCGCCACAGCCCUUGAGGGAAUUAUCGGCCCCCAGGACAGCGAAUCCUCGUUUCCCCACACCUCAGCAGCCUAAACCUGACGUGGAACUGCAGGCCGGCACAGUUGAUAGGCAGCCAGUCCACACAGCAGCUGUGCAAGACUCUGAGGUCUCACCUACUCUUAGGACAGCUCCAACCUCCCUCAAUCAAUUACUGGAUAACACAGGUGUCCAAAACGUUCGGCCCAUACAGAAUAGUACAGUUAGAGAUGUUAUGGGAAAGGACAGCCCCAAGUCUGCUUUGGAUCCAGAGAGACCACUCCACAGCCAUUCCCAGAAUACAGAUAUGUCAGCUUCUGCUGUUAAUACACCCAUUGUAAAUGAAUUAGAAGUGAAACCCAAACCUGCUGACUCAGUCCCUACAAGCAGUCCUAAUUCGCAGCCUGCUUCCAUUCCCAGCUCACAACCCGGCACUAACUUCAAUACUAACCCCAGUCUUAACCAAAACCCCACCUCCACUCUUGCUGUCAGUACUAGUCUCACUGUAAACCCAACAGCUACCCUCUGCCCCACCCUCAGUACUAACACUAAUGCCUCCACAAGUAUAAGCCCCAACCCAGUCACUUCCGGUCAAAGCAUUCCAGCCUCGACUGUGAAUACUACUUCUGCUUCCAACUCCAACUCUGCUCUGAACUCAGCCAGUCCAGCUUUAAAACCAAGCCCUAGUUCUAAACCUGUGACAAGUGUUCACCCAGUCAUCCAGAUCCCUGCCUCUUCCAGCACCAUCUCCCCCAACCAGAUCACUGUCUUUGUUACCUCUAACCCCAUCACCUCUGCCCCUACUCCACAGGCGCCUUCAUCUAUGGUCUCCACCAUGGUAGCUGUCCCUAACAAGAACAUUAGACCUCAAGACAUCCGCCAGUCGGCCCCUGUCCCUCGACCCCCUCAGUUUAUCACCACCACCCCUGUAUUUAUCAACCCAAUUUUCCAGGUCCCAGGUGCAUCUGUGGCUCCGAAUACCACAGUGGUAUCACAGUCAGUCACCAUGAUGGGACCUAUCCAAGUUUCCACUACAAACAUCCAACUUUCUCCUGCCCCAAGCUCCAUCCAGUCAUCAGGGGCUAACAUGACCACCACUCAGCCUGCCAGAAGUGCUGUUGGACAGGUCCAGAUUACCACUAGUAUGUCCUCUUCAGCUCCAGUUGGUACCCUCCCAGCUCCUCAGCAAAUUAACCCAGGGGCUCUCAAAACAGAAAAUCUAAGUGAGACAGGUUCUGCUCAGAAAACCAGUGCGCCGGUCCAGCAGCCAUCUGCCCAUCCAGUCUCUUCAGCAUCGUCUUCUUUUCAGCCACCUCUGGCUUCUACUCCUCCCUGCUCUAGUCCUGGGGCUGUUAAUACCAUCCGAAAGAGCCCCAUGUCUCCACCUCCUGCGACCCAAUUAAAAACUAAACCUGUGCAGUCAGCUGUUACCGGUGCAGCUUACUCCCAGCAGAGUCCUGUAGAAAAGCCUGCACAGGGAUCCACUGUGGCUCCGCCACUACAAGGUUUUCAUCCUGCUGCUAGUCCUGCUGUUCAGAAUGAAGCACUAGCUCCCCAUGCUACUACUGCCUCUGCUCCAAACAAUAUUAAUGUGCCUGCAGUCUCCUCUCCAAUUACAGUGUCUGGCCAAGUUGUUGUUCCUACUCAGAUUGUUACCCAGGCUCCAGUGCCUACACAAGUUUCUGUGUCAAGCCCAGCCAAGGCUGUGACUCCUCAAGCUCCCCUUGUCACUGUAGUUGGUACCACCACAGGUGUCUCUUCUGCCACAUUGCUCAGUACGGUUGCUCCUGUACAAAGUCCCGUACCGUCCAUUGUUCCAAUUGUUGCUGGUUCUGGACCUAUUCCGGAGGUUCCCCCCACCACAUCCUCUGCAGUUGCUAACCUCAGUGGAGUUCCACCAGCUCAGUCUGAUCCCCCACCUGUGGAGCCUCCCAUGGCACCUGCUGCAGCAUGUACUGAAACCACCCCUACCACUCCAGCACCAGUUCAACAAGAAGUCCCACAGUUGCAGGAACCUGUUGCCAGUGAGAAGACGGGUGAUGAUGCCUCUACAGGUUCUGACCAGGGAUGGGCAAAGAAAAGAAAGACGCCCAUCAACUUAGUCUCAAGAGCUGCUGUGGAGAAGCCCAAGGGACCGAGCAGACGCAGCUCACGGGCAGAGAAGGAGGUGGAGGACGAGCCAGUGGCGGACAGUGGCAUUAGGAAACGAUCAGCCAGGCCUGGAACCAGUGCUGCUGUAAAAGAAACUGGAGCAAGCCCCACCCAGGCCAAACGAAGGAAGUCUAAAUAGCCUGUGAAGUGUACUGUAAAUGUUUUUGUUUCCCGCUGUGAAUCAGUCAAUAUAUCAGUUUUUCUCUCCCACGUUUACUGGAGGAAGAAAACUGUGUACAGAUGGUUUUAAAAAGAAUUAUGUUAUUGUUUUUGUCCAUGCUAUUAUGUGAGAUUGUAGUUAGAAUGUGUGCAUACAGUAUGUAUUUGUGUGAAUGUGCUUUUUAUAUAAAAUGCUGGAUUAAUCAUGUGAAGACUGAUAAUGGAGCUCCUCACGAUUGUAUAAUUAUGUUGUAAAACUGAAUUAAAUUUUCUACUGCUUUUGUUCUGUGAAACUGCAUAAACUGCUUCAUUGCAUUGUCCA